ACUCUACGGUCUUCUUCCCGGAAAAAAUUUCAUCAGAAGAUUCUACGCCGGUGUUGAUUGCUAACUUUAUCUUCAUGUUCUCUAUCUUUAUUCUACAGUGAUGGUACGUUUACAGCCAGACCCAUUCCUCAAUGAACUUACAAACAUGUUUGAGCGAACUACAGAAAAGGGCUCUGUUUGGGUCACUCUCAAACACUCUUCUGAUAAAUCUAAAGCCAAGCGGAAUAAACUGAAGAGUGCUGGUGAAAAAAUUGAAUAUAAGUGCCUUAUUCGAGCAACUGAUGGGAAAAAGAACAUUUCUACAAUGGUGGGGCCGAAAGAUCACCAGCGUUUUCAAGCUUCUUACGCAAUUUUGUUGAAGGCUCAAAUGACUGCGUUGAAGAAGAGGGAGAGGAAGGACCGGAGAAAGGCUGCAGAUUCUGACAAGAAGCAAGAUGGUUCGAAGAAGCAGCGGUCUGCUGCUCCCAAGGCCUCUUCUUGAAUCAAAGUAUUUGUUGUUUCUUUCCCCAUUUUUGCCUUGUAUGAUAGGGUUUAAGAUUUCUUAUCCCUUUUGGGACAACCACUCUCUGAUCCUUACUACUAUGCGGAAUCCAGGUUUAAAUGAAAGGUGGAGGUUGUGUUUUGUUGUUAACUUCACUUUUGGCAAAAUUGGUUGCCUCUUGCUGGGCUUAACUGAUGGCUUAUAAGUUAUAAUUUGAUUUU